GUGUCUCCAGAUUGAUAAAGCAGCACUAUGGUUGCUUCCUGAGCUCCCAACCCUUCGUCAUGGACUCCUAGAACCCCUGGUUGUUUGGGACUGGAGGCUACCACCCAGCCUACCUGACCCCAGCCUCCCCCCCAAAGCAGAUGGGGAAUUGUUGUUGUGAAGCUGAAAGUCCCUGUGGCAGCAUUGAGGAACGAAGUGUUUUGCUGAAAGAUGACUCAAAGACAUCAUGCGCUGGUGAGAGGGUAGCGGUUGGCGCUUGUGGUCCUGAAGACAACGAUGACAUGAGUCAGUCUACUGCUGAAGAAGCCAAGGAGGUGAAGGAGGAGCAGCAGAGGUGUCAGAGCAAAGAAAGAGAACCCAGGAACACUCAGGGAAAUGGACAUUUACAAAAGGGAGACAUUCAGGAGGUGUCAGCUCCUCCAAACAAAGACAGAGGCAGCAGAAAAGAAGAUGACGAGAAGGAAGAUGCUCCUGCGGAGCGAUGCACUUUAAACCAGCCACAGGUGGACGUCUCCUCCCUUGACGAACAGGAAGGUUUGGCCACAAACGGAGAGCCAAACACCGAGAACGUAGAUCAAACUGCUGUACAGGAAGACGUCUCACCGCCGCCUGAAUCUUCACGCCCAGAAAACCUUCCCAGUCCUGAGACAAACCCUCUGGCGGAGGAGGACAAAACGGACGGCGGUUCUCACGCUGAUUCUGGAGAGGAUGCUAUCGGUGCCGAGGCCAAACCGUCAGAGCAGUUCACACGGAGUAAUGAAGCGCUAUCAGAGCCAAGCACUCAGGCGGCGUCCAUCUCUGCGGUCAGCCAGGACACAAACACAGAGGCUCCCAGCUGCUCUGUGGAAGGUUCUGUGGAGACAAAGAGCCAUGUUAUCUCUGAGCCUCUCUCUCCUGGAUCGGAGCCCACAGAUCUCAACCACGCUCAGGAGAAACCGGGCUCUGUCGCCUCGGAGCCCACAUCUGCUACAGAGGCCAAGGACAGCUUAAAGUCGGAUCUAGAAGACAAGAAAGAUCCUGAGGGUUCAGGUUCUGCGGAGGAGAAUGUGGAGGAAGCUGGAGAGGAUGUUUGUGACGAAGGGAAGAAGGAUGAAGAGGAUGGAAAGAAGCCGGAGAAAGUUGCUCUCACCGGGGAGACGGAGGCUGCUCGAGAUGAGAAACAGUUGAAGAUCCAGGAGCAGCUUGGAGAAGAUGAGCCUUCGUCCUUAAAGUCAGAUGUUGAAAUGCCUGCAGACGAGGAAGCUGGUCAGGAUGACAGUGACAUAGACUUGUACCGAGGAGAAGAGGAGCUGUCUGCAUCAUCAAGUCAUAAACUGCAACCAGCAUCUGAGUUAAAAAUUCCGAAGGUGCAGGAUAGCUGCAGUUUGUCUCCGGCUGUGGAUAUCCUGUCUUACAGUGAGAGGGAGUGGAGAGGAAAAACUGCCAAGAGUGCUCUCAUCAGAAAGGGGUACGAAGAGAUGUCUGCAAAGUUCAGCCACCUGAGGAGAGUCAGGGGGGACAACUACUGCGCCCUCAGAGCCACCCUGUUCCAGGUGUUGUCCCAGAGCGACCAGGUGCCUCAGUGGCUGCAGGAGGACACCGUUUUAAUGCUGCCAAAACAACUGGAGGCUCAGGACGGCCUUAUAAGCCAGUGGCGAUUUCCUGGACAUCACGUGAACGAAGAUGGCGUGGAAAAUCCCAUCGAGCGGCUGAAGGGCUACAUGGAGCUGCUCCGACAAAAGUGGAAGGCGGCGGCAGACUGUCCUGGCGCCGCGGCGCGGCAGCAGCUCUGUGAGCGUUUGUUCCAGGGCGAAGAGGAGGAGCUCGGGAUGCUUGAGGCGCUGAAGCUGCUGAUGCUGGGCAGGGCCUCUGAGCUGCACAGCCGCAUGCAGGUGGGGGAAGACGUCCCUCUCUUCUGCUGGCUGCUGUUUGCUCGGGACUCGUCAGACUGUCCCCGUUCCUUCCUGUCCAACCACCUCAGCUAUGUGGGCCUCAGCGCCGGGCUGGAGCAGGUGGAGAUGUUCCUACUGGGAUACGCCCUGCAGCACACCAUUCAGGUUUACAGACUCUACAAAGCCAACACGGAGGAGUUCGUCACCUUCUACCCAGACGACCACAGGGAUGACUGGCCCUCUGUGUGCCUCGUCACGGAGGACGACCGCCACUACAACGUGCCGGUGGCAGAAGCUGCUGAUCCCUGCCAGGAGCUCCCCUCCAGCUGAUUAGCGCUGCGGGGGAAGAGCCUAUGCUGUACAAACGCCCCUCAGGUCGAACAGAGUGACAUUUUUAUGCCAACUCCAGGGGUCAUGCUGGGAUAUAUGCUUCUAGAGGUCACACCUGGAAAAAGUCACAGAUUCUCCACCUAAGGGAGAGGAGAUCUCCAUGUUUGACAUUUAUAACAAAAUCAUUUAGGUUGCGUCACAUUAGAGCACUUGGAGCAUUUCUUUCUUUUUUGCCAUAAGGUUGUUUUAUUUUUACUGUGCCAUAGUUAUUUGUGCUUGUAUUUUAGGUACUUCCCUAAAAACCCAGGGAAACAGUGAGGUUCAUCUACAACAAUAAAGUCUGAAGAUUUUAGUUCUGCCAUAAAGUAGAUCAGAAGGACAUGGAUUAAAACCAGGAUUAUCAGUAUUGGCUCCCAUUUUUGUCUAUCUUUACAGCACCUAGCUGAAUCCUUUGUUAGGUUUUCUUUGCUUUGUUUUUUGCCUAUAAUCUGAGCCAACUGUCUCCUGACUCUAAAGCAUAUAUCUCAAAAUGUAACCCUGUCGUUUUAAAGCUACGGUGACUCGAGACCCUGUACAAGAUGUUUCUGUUUUUCCAAACACUUGUAUGCACUGUACUGUAAGAGUUUUGUUUUUCUACCUUUGGUAUGCGUACAAAUCCAGUUUUCUAAGAUCACUCCAGCUGAAUCCAGAUUGGGUGGUCAAUUAAGAAAAGCAACGAAAAGAGGCAAAAAUACAGAAUUUAUAAUCUUGCACUGGAUCUUUUUCUGUUAAUUUAUUGUUUUGAUGUUGGGGGUGGGGGGAAAGAGGUACUUUAAAUGAGUGUGAAAGUUUAAUUUAAGACGGCUGAAUUAGUCGAUGACGGGUUUGCUGAUGGACUUAUUCCAGAUGAUGAUGAGAAGACUCGGAGGAUUAAUGGCAGCUUCUGUGUCAGAGGCGUGAUGUGUAACUGUCGUAUGUUCUGUGCGUGUCAAACACAGUGACUAACAUGUUGCCUUUAACCAAGCUGUUCAGAAAAGAGGGAACAUACCAAUGUUGCUGCAAAAAAAAAAGAAAUAGCUGGUAAAUGCUUCAACCACCAGCCACAGGUUGUAGGUUAAAAAAAAGAAACAAAAAGGCUCACUUGGUUAUCCAUGUUGCCUUAGAAAUGAUGCACAAUUUGAAUGAAUGUCAGUUUUUAUCAGUAUGGAAAUAAAUGGUACAUUUUGGAAAA